UAGCCCCACAAGGGCAUAAAAGAAAAUUGAACCUCCUUUGGCCUCCACCACAAUUGUUUUGGUGAAAGUGAGAGUCCAUAAAUAUUAGUAGCUUGACUAAUAGCUAUUGGGUAAUGACCGCCCUGAUAGAGCCCCCUAUGCUUCAUUCUCAAACAAGAAACACCCCCCGCGGGUUUGCUUCGCCUGCACUGACUUCUGCAUUUUCCAUUUGUUUCUUUAUUCUUCCUUUUGCAGUAGCUUUUGCUUUAUAUUCCACUUGUCUCCCUAUUUCCCUUUCUCUCUCUCUCUCUCUAUAAAAUUCAAAUUUGUCUAGUUUUUGCUGUAUAAAAAACCCACUUUUUCUGCACCCCUUGUUGCUUCCCUAACAGUGUUUCUGAAUUACAAAAAAGUUUCAGUUUGUUUGAACUUUGAAGCCAUGGGAUGUUCUGAGAUUAUCUGUGAGGAUGAUGGGAAAUGGGAAGCUGAGGAAGAUGAAGCAUUGUCAUUGUGUGAUCUGCCGGUCAAUUUGACUAAAGAAGAGGAGCGAACCCAGACAAAGAACGAGGAAGAUGGCGAGGAACCCCAAGCACUUAAAACAGAUGAAGAUUUCAACUUUGGUUCAUUGUGUGGCUCUCUUUCAACCGAACUAGAAAUGUGUGCUGCUGAUGAAGUGUUCUUUCAAGGCCAAAUUCUACCCGUGCGCCUCUCAGUUAGUUCAGAUAGUGGGCUCACAGGGUGGUGCCGUCAAGAUAGCCUCAACACUAGCCGGUGCUUGUCGAGGUCAGAGUCCAUGGACCAUGGUUCAUUGAGUAGGUUCACAGGUGCCAGUAGCAGCAGCAGCAGCAGCUGUAAUUCCAUCACAGUUACACCAAGAACAUUCAGUUCCAUUUCAAAGCCAAUGAAAAUCAGAAACAACUUCAACACACAUCCAAGUCCCAAACCCCAUAUAAGAUCGUCCAGAACUCGGCCCAUCAAUGUCAGCAGCCGAACCCAGAAAUCAUCAUCGAUGUGGGAUUUUUUCAGGUUAGGCUUAGUUCGAGCACCAGAGCUCGAAUUAAAAGACUUGAAAGUCCGUAGCAACAACAACAACAAUGGCAACAAAAAUUCUGUGAGUAGAAACAGCAGUUGUAAUAGCAGUAACAGCAGUUCAAGCACCAAGAACAGCAGCAGCAGCAAGAUUGUUAACAAAAGUGGUGAAGUAGUGAAAAAUCCGCAGGAUUCGAACAAAGGGUCCCUGGGAAAGAGAAUAGGGUCAUUCAGUGGAUGUAAAUGUUCAGUAGAUGCAAUUGAAACAGUUCCAUUGAACAACGUAAUUAUAACCAAAAGUAGCAAGGACAAUGCCGCCAUGGAAGACAAGAAAAAGCUGCUGCAAGAAUUGAAGACAAAGAAGAAAAGGAAAGGAAAGCAAGCUUUGUCACGUAAUAGAACGUUUGAAUGGUUAACAGAGCUUUCACAUGCAAGCUAUGUUGAUGGAGCCUUAAAGAAACACUCAUGAGCAAUCCCUCGCAUGCUUCCCUUUUUCAUUUCUUUCAUCAGUAUCUACUAUUUUUCUUUUUUAUUGGGGUUUUAGUUUUCGUUUAUUAUAUGGAUUAUAUAUUGAAAUACUUCAAAAUGCAGCUCUUCUUCCGAAGAAAAA